UUAGAAUUAGAACACAAUAUACACAAAGCCAAAGUGCAUAAAACUUGAUGUGGAAAACAAAAGUGGUCAACAGAAGACAGCCAUGAAAGAAAGUAAGCUCGAGGAGAGAGAAAGAGUGACAAAAAUGGCGAAUAUCGACAGUAGACUUGCGAGGAUGUGCAUUGAUGCUGCGACUGAUAGCAGAUACGCCGUCGAUAAAUGGCGGUUGCAGCGCCGAUCUCUGGAACGCCUCCCUUCGCCGCUCGCUUCCGCUCUUCUCCACCGUCUUUUGCAUCGCCGUCUUCUCUUUCCUUCCUUGCUCGAAGUGUUCAAAUUUAGUGUAGAGGAGGUUGAUUUAAGCGGGGAGAACUCGGUGGAUGCGGAGUGGAUGGCUUACUUGGGAGCAUUUUCGUAUUUGUGCUCCCUCAAUGUGGCAGACUGCUACCGGAUUAAUAACCCUGCGCUUUGGCCUCUUGCAGGGAUGACCAGCUUAAUGCAGCUUGACCUUUCAAGAUGUAUGAAAGUCACUGAUUCUGGUAUAAAACAUCUUCUAUCCUUGUCACAACUACAGAAACUUCACCUCUCACAGACAGGAGUAACUGCUGAUGGUGUAAAGCUUCUCUCUGCACUUCGGAAUCUAUCUACACUGGACUUAGGAGGGCUGCCUGUUUCUGAUUUGGCAUUGAGUUCCCUCCGGGAAUUGACAAACCUUGAGUAUCUUGAUGUUUGGGGGAGUGAAAUAUCUGAUGAAGGGGCUGCAGCUUUAAAGAACUUUCCCAAGUUGAGUUUCUUGAAUGUAGCUUGGACCAAUAUCACAAAGUUUCCAAAUCUGCAGUCUAUUCAAAGCUUGAACAUGAGCGAUUGCACCAUCCUUUCUGCAUUGGAAGAUAAAAGUGAUCGAGUAACCCUGAGAAAGCUGAUUGCCCAUGGGUCCUCAUUCCCGGAGGCCGAGAUGGUCUUUUCAACUAUUGAGGCAAGCUGUCUGUCUUUCUUGAAUCUAUCAAACACCUCUCUUAGUAAUUUUGGUUUUUUGCGUUGCAUGGUUGCUCUAGAACAAUUGGAUCUUAGUUCUUGCACUAUACAAGAUGAUGCUGUUGAAGCAAUUUCUUGUAUAGGUGCAAAUUUAAGACACUUAAAUUUGAACAACACAAAAGUCAGCAAUGCCGGAUUGGAAACUUUGGCAGGACAUGUUCCUAACCUUGAAGCUCUGUCAUUGUCUCACACACUAAUUGAUGAUUCUGCCAUAGCAUACAUGAGUACGAUGCCUUCCCUGACGACACUUGACUUGAGCAAUACAAAUAUUAAAGGCUUUAUUCAUCCGAGUAGGAAUGAAGAUGAAGUCUUCUCGCUAGCUGCAUUACAGGACCUGAAGCACUUGGAAAGGUUAGAUUUGGAAAAGACCAAAGUGAAUGAUGCAGCUGUCUAUGCUCUAUUAGGUUCUGGGGAGCUAAGCCAUUUAUCACUUAAUAGCACCGCCCUUACCGACAAGUGCCUGGAAUAUCUCUCACAAGUAAAAAAGCUGGUGAGACUUAGCAUUCAGGGUACUCUUCUGACCAAUGGGGCAGUCGAGUCGUUCAACCCACCUGUAACACUCGAAGUGCUUGAUUUAAGAGGGUGUUGGCUUUUAACCAUUGAUUCUCUGAGAUCAUUCUGUAAGAAGUAUCCUGGUAUCAGAGUGAGGCAUGAUCAUCUAUCUCUAGCUUCAGCAGACCUUAACUGCUCCGUCCCUAAUGCAGCUCUGUCACAGAAGAGCUUGAAGGCCUCGAAGUUGAAACAAAGAGAAGGAAAAUCAUCCGUAUCACCCACCUUGUUCAACAAGGAGGCAUUAGAUCAAAGGAUUAAGUAUAGUAGAGAGGAGCUGAUUACCAUGCAGCACUUAUCACCACCACUUGCUCCACCUUUAGACGUAGAUAUAGCGGCACCAAAUAUGGAUUAGCUCUCACAGUUUUGUUCUCAUCUGUCACCCGCUGCAAGAAUUGAACAAUGACCAAUAUUCUCUGUAACCUAAGAUCAACGAAGUAUUGUAAGAACUUUUAUCAUGCAUCUUCAGUGUAGUGUUGACUGGCGUGAUUGCUGCAUGAGGAAUGGUCACAUGUUUUAGAUUCUUUAGAAUCCGCCGAAGUUUGUUCGCUGUAACUAAAAUGGAAGGGAUUGCCAAAUUCUAACCCAAAAUACCAUUUUGUAUUGUUCAGAUGUGUAUGUUGUAUCUUCAUGAUUCUUUGUAUUAGGGGUUAAUUUGACCAAUGUACCAUUUUCCUUUGUCGUUUUAACAUGCAAUGAAUCCUUGUAAUAGGUAAAAUAAUAA